AUGGAUGUGUCGGUUGUGUCGUCGUGCGCAUUAGUGAUGUGCGAGUGUGCGCAGCCGCUGAUCGUGUGGUCGGGGCUGGCGACGGGCGCGUGCCUGGCGCUGGGCGCGGCGCUGCUGCCGGCGGGGCCGGGGGCGGGGGCGCUGGGGGCGGAGGGGGCGGAGGGGCCCCUGGGCACGCACGGCCUGACCGCCGCCGGCGUGGCGCUGGCCGCCGCGGUGGCCGCCGACUCUGCCGGUUUGCAGCCGGCGCCCUACGCGCUGCUCGCCGACAUGUUCCACUACGAGUACCGCAGCUGCGCGAUGAUGCUGGUGGGCGCCGUGGCUUGCCUGGCCAACCUGCUGGAGGUGUGCGUGUACCCUCUGGCCGCGGCGCUGGGCGGGCCGCGCGCCGCCCUGGCGCUGGCCGCCGCGGCCACGCUGGCCUACGCGGCGUGCGCGGCGCGCGUCCUGCCCGAGACCAGGGGCCUCAGCCCCGACCAGAUCUACGACCGCCUCGGGCCCCGCGCCGACGCGACGUUGCAGACAGUUUUCUCUAUACACGACGGAAAGACCGAAAGUACAAAACUG